GUAUAGUGCGGAAGGUUUUUCUGUCUCUCGUUAAAUCAAAACAAAAUACAACAGUUUUUUUGAUCUCUUCAGUGAGUUCUGUGUAGAUGGUUUACGAUUCGUUUGCUCUACAAUAACGAUUUUUUCCAAAUUUUUGUGAAAUCCUCCGCGCAAUACCGAUUUGAGUAUCAAAUUAUUUUGAAUUGUGAUUGGUGACUAAAAGGAAAAGAAGAUAGUAAUCCAUAUCACUGUAAAAAAAAAAUCCGUUAAAUUUUGAAGAAAAUAGUUUCAAACUCGAGAUAAAGAAAACAAAUCUAAAAAUUUAAACAAGAAAACCAAAUUCAUGAGAAUCAGUAUUCAAAUAUUGGAUAAGACACUAUCGAUUUUGAGAGCAUAAACAUCUUUCCAACACAUUUGGUUUGUCGUCGUCGAGAAUAUCGUGAACGUUACAAGAGUGAACAAGUGAUUUCGUUGGGUUCUUCUCAUCUAAACUGAUUUCUUUCUACCUGAUUAGAUCUUCUUACAGUGUGUCUGUCUUGCCCUUUUUCCCAUACCACUUCAAAAGUAGUUUCUCGAACAAGAAGAGAUAGAAGAAAAAAAAGAUCGAAUAAAACGAAAGCAAAAAAGCGUAAAUAUAUAAAACGACGUCAAAAGAUUUAUUGUAUUGAUGUCAAUGUGUAACAUUUUUGGGCUGUUUAAUACGAUUGAGCAAUAGACAUAGAGACCCGAAAAAAAGAGACGAACUUAAAAAUUAAAGCAAUAAUUCAAAUAGAAAGGAAAAAAAAAAUAAACGUCGAGAGAAUAAUGUUGCAUUUGUGCUAUUUGAAAUCGUCAUUAUUCGAUUGCAUGUGAAACUGAAAAGAAAACAGACAGGAUUCGAAGAAAGAAAAGAGAUUUUCAAACAUUUGAGAUUUGUAUUCAUUAUAAAAUUGAUUUUGAAGAAAAGACAUCGAGAAAAAUUGAUGAACGAUAAAAUGGCAUCGUCGACAGCACUUAAAUCGAUUUUAUGUGGGUGUAUUGUGUUGGUCUUUGGAAUGGUUGACAGCCAUUCGGCAAUGGCUCGAUCAACCACAACCACCUCUACAGCAACUACCACCGAGGCUGAUAAAUCCGUUGCAUUGCUGCAACAGCAUCUUUGCCGUGAUGAAUGUAGCAAAAAGUUUGCCAUGGAUGAUAUGUCUUGUCUGCAACAACCGGAAUGUUCAAUGUGUUGGGAUGAAUGUACCGCAUCGACGAGCAUAAACAAAUCCAUUUUGGAUACUUGGUCGUUAUCAGUACAAUCAAUUGUACGUGAUAAUUCAUUGGUAUCGACAAAUAUCGCAUGGACAGCAACCAAAUCACCAAGCGACUGUUUGGUUACAUGGGAAGUAAGCGGCGGUGGUCUAAUUGGUAAUCUAUUGACUCAAUCAUCAAAUGUGGAGUUGUCAUUAUGGCCGGAGACAAAAUACCGUAUUCAAGUGACUUGCAAGAACAAGCAAACGGAGGAAAUCAGUCGUUCGUUGCCAUUAACACUUGACACAAACAAAGCCGUUGUGAUGGUGCGCGUACCGACCGCUUCAACAUCUCUAUUAUCUGAGAGUGAUGAUACUGUAAGUCAACCAGAUCAAUCGAUAAUAUUGCGCGAUAGCAACAAUCGUGACAACGGUAUUACCAGCACAACAUUCAAUGAUAACGAAACAAAUGAUGAUGAUGAUGACACCAUGGACAAAAUCUACGAGCAAAUUCACUUCGAUGAAGCAUCGUUUGAAUCAACAUUGGCCCAAUCAUCGCUAUUAGUCUGGGCCACAUAUGAAAAUCACCGAGAAUUCUUGCUCGGCAUGGGAGCCGCAUUAUGCGUAUUUUUAACGGUAAUUUUUGCAUUUUUGGUAAAUCGACGAAAAUCAAGGACAAACAUUGAUAAAGCACCACUAGUUGAUAAUGAGGUCGGAGUUAAUGUCGACGUUGAUCGGCUUACCAUUCAUGUUUAAGUCACCCACACACAAUAUAGUAUAGAUACUACAUAGAAGCUACCAUUAAUUUUUGACUCCAUUGCAAAACAAAACAGUGAACGAAUGGAGCCAACCAUUUGUUUGUGAAUUGUUUUCAAAACGGUUUUUUUCUAAAAGCAAAUUAGUAAUGUCGAGUACAAACAUGCAAUUUCUUGUAUGCUGGUCUCGUUUGUCGAUUUUCACGCUUUCGAUGAGCCUUUUUUAGAUGCAAAUGGCCAAUAGAACAUGCUUUCAUCAUAAUUGCGCUUUCCAAAUGACCAAAUCAAGCUCCAACGAGAUAAUGAUUAGAGUCUAUCCACGCGCCUAUACUAAAACACCAAACAUUGACACGCAUGCUCUGCCAAUUCGAAAUGCAAACAUAAAACGACUAAUAAUAAUAAUAAUUGACAACAAAAAGGUGGAAAAAAGACGAAGAAAAAGAAAACACUUGUAAUUUAUCGAAAGAAAUUUUUUUGCGAAAACGUUCCUAUCAAAUUGUAAAUAGUACUUUUUAUUAUAUAUUAUGAAAUAUUUAAAGAAAAAGUAAACAUAAUAUUAAAGUAAAAGAAGGAAAAUCGAUGAAAUACACUCAAAACAUUAAUUUAUAGAUCAUCAUUAACAAUUUAGAGACAAGUUAGGUUCAUUAAGGACAGCAAGCUACAAUUUAAAAAAAAAAUGAAAUGUUCACCUAACAGCAUAAUCGAAAGAGACGAAUAUAAAUUCGUUCUUUUUUUUAUAUACAGAAUCCAGAAAUAUUACAUUAUAGUAAAGUAUUUUAAUGAAACAGAAUGAGAAAAAUAUUAAUUGUAAAAUGUUCGCUUUUGUGUACAAAACAAAAAAAGAUAACAAAUUUCAAUAUUUAUUAAUAAGUUCACUUAAAUUGCAUUAAUAUUAUUCAAAAAAAAAAAUAUUCUAAAAUAAAAAAAAAUAAUUGAAAUUGGAUUUUGAUGAGAAAAUAAUCCGCUGAUUAAAUUAUCCAUCUAACCAAGUAGGUUUUUGGGCAAAGUUUCAUGUUACCGAAACGUUGAAAAUUCGCUGGACGAAUUCGAACCGAUGCUUAUUCAGCCUAUUGAGGCCGUAAUCGAGAUACUCGAAUUUCAAUAUUUUACUGAAAUCGACGGAGAUUCGAUGUAGACAUGACAAUUCUACAAUUUUCGCAAUCUCUGAUUAUGAUUCAAUUAUAAAGGGUUUCAAACCCUCCUACAAAAUGGCUGAAUCAAAUUCCAUGUUGCCAUAUCGAUUCAAUUCGAAGUGCCACACAAUAUCGGGCACACAGCGAAUUUUCGCUUGUUUCAAUGUAAUUGAAAUGCUAGCCAAUGUAUCGCGUACAUUUUUAUGAACAUAUAAGAACAUUAAAAUAAAAACAGAAACACACACACGUCAAGAGUGAGAUUACUACAAAACUACUAUCCAAUAUAUAUUGGCGAAAAAUAAUCGCACAUUUCGUCAUUCAUUCCACAUCGAACGAAUACAUAAAACAACAAGAAACAUUUUCGAUUUCGCCAACAGAAUUUGAAAAUAAAUAGCACGAAAAACAACAAAAAAUAAAUAAAAACUUUAUUGUGUACAUUGAAAAAUCUAACAAUAGAAUGAAGCUCGAUUUCAUUGUGAUCAAACUGAACUUUUUCCUAUAAACUCAAUAUACAAACACGUUCAAUAGUAAUUAUAUAGAUGUCUAUAAAAUAAAGAAGAAAAAAAAAACACACAACCUAAAGGAUUAUUAAAUGAGAAAGAAAUACAAAGUUUAACUUUUAACAAUAGAGAAAUAGGCCAUCAGCAAACAGAAUAUUUAUUUUUUAUUGGAUUCGCUUGAAACACAUACUUACAUAUAUAAACACACUCGCUUGCAGCAUCAGCUCAACUUGUAUUCAAAUUGUAUUCCAUCCAUAAUACUACGGUUCUUUUUUCAUUGACACACAAACACAUGUUUUUUUUUUGUUUGUUUUGCUCGCUGAAAAUGCAACCAUAUUUUUUUUCAUCGGCUGAUUCGUUCGUCGUAGAUAUUUUGUAAAAUACAUGCGAAAAUCAAAGCUAAUAAAUAUUAACGAAAAUAAGCAUUUUUUUUCAAUUUACCGAGAGUAAUCCAACAGUUCUUCAAUUUUUUCCUCAAAAGAAAAUAAAGGUAGAUUUUUAAUGUAAAUAGAGGACGGAAAAGAGAGUGGUGUUGAUUUUGUUCGUGAAUCGAUGAACACUUUGCCAAUGGAAUGUGUUAUAAAUUCUUGAUUUCUUUUCCAUUUCAAAGAAAUGUUGGCAGUUGCAGAAAACCAAAUUAGUUCCAUGGUGUUUCCCUUUGAAUCUGGAACAAUUGCAGCUGAAAGAAAGAAGAAAAACUGAAUUUAAAUGUGUCUUGUUUCGAAGCGCUUCAUUUUGAUUCAAUAGAUUAUUUAGAGCAUGAAAUACUCGAGCUCACACAAUCAUUUGAAUGUCGGACAAAAACGGAAUUAACAUGGAAAAAUUUGGCACAAAAAACACACCAAUUUUCAUUGUUAAAAACAAGAACUUUUUUCCAUCUAGAAUUUGUUUUGUGGGGUUUAUGUGCGCGGAAGAAGCACAGAAAUUUCAUCGACUGUGCAAAAUUCCUGGGAAAUUGUUAUAGUUCUGCUUUCGAUUAUAACUCUUUUCCGUGCAUUCCGUAGAAGAAUUUUCAUCAUAAUUGUUUCGAAUAUAAAAAACGCCCGAAACUAUGAUAAAUAGCGGUUGAAAACAAUGUCUUCAACAAAGAAUCUCAAAUUUCCUGAACCAUCAAGCCAAAAAAGCUAAUUAAACUACAGAAAUGAGCGCAAAACUGGAGCGAAUAUUAUUUGACAUUGGUGAUGUGAUCACGAUGUCGGGAAUGUUCAUGCAAUCAUAAGAAAAUAACGCUAAGCUCGAGAUCCAAACGCACUGAAGCAUAUAAUGAAGUGGCUUCUCCAUGAAUAUUAUGAGAUUGCGUUAAAUUUUUGUAGUUUUUCUUUUGUUCGUCGGUUCACGUUGACAAAACACAAUCACGGUUUUAUUCCGCUCAUUAAACCGAAUAUAAAGCUGAAAAAACUAUUGGAUUUUCUUUAGUUUAAACUACAAAACAAAGCAUAAACCUACUAAGAAAACUACAAUAAAUAUUUAGAUUUUUUUUAAAUGGUGAUAUGAAUCUAUGGUUCUGAAUAUUAUUGAUGUACUUGCUGUUUUAACGCGCACAUUAAUAUCACCCAGGAUAAUGUUUCGAGAACUUUGUUAAUCACUUCAAUGGUAAAUAUGCACAAAAGCAUUUCAUAACAUAAAUCCAUAUAUUGACCAAAAUUCAAUUGCAGAAUGGAACACAGAAAUAGAUUGAACAUGAAAUUGUGUAUAUAGAAAGCGAAAGGAAUCGAAAAACAAUGGCAAAAUACACGUAUUUCGAUGGAAAUCAUUCGAUUUUCGUGCGAAUGAGUAGUUUUUCUUUUAUCUAGUCUAGCAUAAGACAAAGACCGUAUACGCCGUGUUUUUUCUCCCCAUUUCAAUAUUCCAAAUAAAUUCAAUACAUAAUUCAUAAAUAUUCAAUAAUGUAAAAGAUCGGAUUGAACGACUCUUUUUUUCAAAAUCCCUAUUCACGUGAGAAAAUCAGAAUGUUGCCCUUUGGAUGACAUUUCCAUGACGAAUAUAAGUAAAAAAAAAAAA